UAAAGGGAAAAUACUCCCGCAUGCGCAGUGGCUUUAGUGUUGUUUGAAGUGAAGUGCUGCUUGGAACUGCCUUAGAAGCUGUAAAGUCGCCAAGCAUUUGGUUUUAGCAAUAUAUUUCCCUGUUUUUUUCACAGCACUUUUUGCCUCUAUGCAUCUUAGAGACGAUGUUAGGCCACCAUUUCCCAAAUGCCGACAAGUCGCAACAACUGGUCAACUAUGUGGAGGAUUAUCUGGAAUGUGUGGAGUCGCUGCCCCUGGACAUACAAAGAAAUGUUUCUCUGCUUCGAGAAAUUGAUGCAAAGUAUCAAGAUGUGCUGAAUGAAGUGGAUGAAGUGUUUGAGAAAUACAAAGGUGAGCAAGAUGGAGCUCAAAGAAAACGUCUGCAGAUCCAGCUACAGAGAGCGCUCAUCAUCAGCCAGGAGCUUGGUGAUGAGAAGAUCCAUGUAGUGACCCAGAUGACAGAACUGGUAGAGAACCGUUCCCGCCAAAUGGACUCUCACUCCCUGUGCCUCCAGGAGCCCAGUGAGGCAGAGCGGCUCACUACAGAGAGGCGUUCCAGCAUCCAAGAGUCCCCAGCCCCCGAACGCACCUCAACCCGCCGCCCACGACGUCAACGCAACAGCGAGAGCCGUGACUCCAGCCACCAGUCUGCCAAUGGCUCUCUGGAUGACCCUGUGGAAGAGCUGUCCCUCCCUCCACCCCGAGAGAAGAAGUCCAAGUCUGCAAAGAAAAAGAAACGUAAGGCUAAACAAGAGCGAGAUGCCUCACCGGUCGACUUUGCCAUUGAUCCAAAUGAGCCCACCUACUGUCUCUGUGAACAAGUGUCCUACGGUGAAAUGAUCGGCUGUGACAAUGAUCAGUGCCCCAUUGAGUGGUUCCACUUCUCCUGUGUGGGACUUACCUACAAGCCCAAAGGAAAGUGGUACUGCCCUAAAUGCAGAGGGGACAACGAAAAGACCAUGGAUAAAAGUCUAGACAAGAACAGAAAAGACCGCAGGUCCAGGUAGUGACCCGUAUCUGGAAAGCAGCCUGGCAUUAGUCCUGUCAGUCAUAUUUACAAGCACUUGUGAUGUUAUAAGAGGACAAUCGAACACCAUUGGCAACCAAACCUAAUAUUAAUCAAGGACAAAUUGGGAUUGGACUUGGGCUGACACUUGUGCUCAAAGUCUGUAGGGUCACCAGGUACUGCAACAAUCAUCAGCUUGAACCAGUUUUUUCAUGUAUAACAAUAAGCAACUGCAUUUUUAACUCCUUUUUAACUCUGGACAAGGUCCACGUGUACAUGGCAACUUUCUUUAUUGUACUCAGUGACUGAGAUCAGUGUCUACAGGAAUGGCUUCUAGAGUAUAACCUACAUGUGUUUAUAAGAGACUGAUAUUUAAUGUAGGAGAUGGCUGUUGACGGGACACUGGAUGUCAUUUGUUUUCACCAAUUCACUAAUGUGUACAUUCCUUUUAUAAUCAUUAAAACAAAGUAUAGUAAUUCA